UGAGUCACUGAAAAACAAAAGUCAGUGGGUGAUUUAGAUUCAUUACUCAUUACAAUGCACAAACCGUUGUUAUCAGUCAUCAAGCUCUAUCAUAAUCAUCACCAUAUUUGAGUGUCUUUGAACUUCGUGUAUGUCAGGCUGUUUCUCAGAAAGCUCUCAGUGAGAUGUUGAUAGGUUGAAAUACUGAGAUAUGUGUGAUAUGCCACACCCUGCACUCAAAUACACAGACUUAAAAAAACACCUCAUCAGUUGUGCCUCCAUGUGUUCCUGCACUUACCAAUAAAUAACCAAACACAAAUCAACUCAUAGAUUUUGACUCUGAUCAGUGAGCCAGACCACCGGUGGAAAUGUCUGUGAAGAUCCUCUCCAUCACUCUCCUCCUGAUCUCAAUGUGUGUGUGCUGCCACUCUGAAGGUACUCAUGAACAUCCUGGAAGGAUACCACCAUGCUGCCCUGCAGUCACCAAAGGCAAUAUGACUGCUGACGUGGUGGGACAAACAUAUCAUAAGCUGGCUGCAAGAUAUCACUGUGUGAAGGCUAUAAUUUUUGACACAAAAGAUGGACAACUUUGUGCUGAUCCAGACGCUCAGUGGGUCAAAGAUCUCACUGCCAAAAUGAGGAAGGUGUGAAGCCUGUCUGCUGCAUCAGUAUUUCCAGUAUUUCCAUCACCAUUAAAGGCUUAUUCAAACCAGAGCGCUUUCUCAGCCUGACUGUCUUAAAACUUUCUCUUUUUUUUGCAUUUGUAGAUUAAUUUUUACUCUAACCUGUGGAGUAACCCUGUAUUUUGUUCACUCUGUUGACUUCAUUGUUUUUUAAUUGAUCAUUGGGGUUCAGGUUUUAUUUGUCUUUUUUUUUUUUGCUUAUUUGUGAAUCUCUUUCUGUGCUUUAUGUGUUUAUGUGAAGCACAAUGUGGCUGUAAAAGACAAUAUAAAAAUAAACUUUUGAGUAAA